AUGUUCUGCAGCACUUCGUCUGUCGUUUUCGGCAGCGACGCAGAGCGACGCGACGAAUACCAGAUGGUCCGUCGCGACAUCCGCCAGGUCUGCGUCCCGAGCAUCAGCAUCACCCACGCUCCGCUCGAAUCGAUCGCUUCCAGCACGGACACGCAACUGCUCCGCCGGGCCUUCUUCGACUUCCAGCCGAAGCUUCUCGAGGAUCGCGCAGAUGAGGCGCAGCUACUUCGCCAUUUCCCCUCGGCAGCUCUUCCGCGCACGACGCAGGUCGGAUCCUCAGAGGCGAUGUCUAUGGUCGAUGAGCCUUCUUCCACCGACGUCGAAGCUUCUCAAGGCGAGGAAGCUCCUUUCGGAAGUAUGAGCGAGGACGCCGCCAGCGAGUGGGAUGAAGGCCUCGCCUUGCUGAUCCGGAUCCGCAACCUACAAGAUGCCCGGGCGUUCUUCGAGCUAUCGAGGGAGAUCGACGAUUGUCUCAGCGACUUUCUCAACUUCAAACAGCCUCGCCACCUCGACAAGACGUUUGAACGCCUCGUCAUGCUCAUCACCCUUGCCUCUCGACGCGAGCUCCAAGUGGCAAGCCCCGCUUCCCUUCGUCCCCGCGCGGGCGUGGUAGACAUCUCGGCCAUGUCGCCGCCAAGUCUCCGAGGGGAGCAGCUCUUCCUCUCCGAGCCGAUGCAGCGAGCGCUGCCCGACGAAGAGCUGCGCGCCCGCAAGGCCUCGGCAGAGGCUUUCCUGCACCUUCAAGCCGUGGAGAAGCUCUGCGACAUCCUCGUCAGUGGGUUCAGCUGCCUUCUCGCCGACGUCAUGAUGCCGCAUCACGGUCCCGCCGCCAUGGCGCGACUCUGCGACACGCUUGAUAGGCGGCUGGAUGCGGCCAUCGCCUCGGACGUCAAGGCUAGCCCAGGAUCGCACGGGACCGGAGUUCAAUCAUCGCAGCACCCGAUGGGCCGCAAGGGCACCUGCGCCUCGGGCAUGCCGAAGCCGUCAUCAGUCUUGCUCGAAGGCUUGCAAAACGAGUUCGAAAAGGCACUGGAGCGCGGCUACCUGAUCCGCGAUCGCGUCAGCCGACUCACCGUCGGAUCUGGAGCUCCUCGUCGGAAGCUCAGCGUGGCUCCCGAGCCAAGCCUGGCCCGGGAGGAGCAUCACCUCGACAAGCUACGUCGCAUCAGGCAGGAUGGCCUGACCAACGAAGAGCGGAGGGACAUGGAGUUCAAGACGGCGGCACGCGGCAGCCCGCGGCACAUGUUUAUGCCGAUCGAUACGGUGCGCUUCCUCGGCGAGCUCUACAAGCUGGGCCUGCAGCCUCUGAGCAGCGUCCGCGACUGGCUGCAGCGGCUGCUCUACGACACCGCCCGGCCGGAGCUGCCGUCGGUGUGGGAGCUCGAGUGCGCCUGCGCCUUGCUCAUCACCUGCGGUCAGUCGCUCGAGAGCGACAGCAGGACCAAACGCGACGGCCGGCCGGGCCCGCCGAUCCAGCUCAGUCCGGCUGAUCGCAUCCACCUCCGCCUUCUCCAGACGCCCUCGAAGUCGUCGCUGCCGGUCGAGGGACUCCUCAACAGCGGCCCUUCUGGCCACCCAGUCUCUCCAGGCCGUAAGGACAGCGCGCCCGCCUCUCACUGGAUCCGCUGCCCGCCGACUCCGAGUCCAGGCCGGAAAGCGAGCCUCUUUAGCCCGGAGAAGCGGCACGCAGCCCGUUCAAGCGGUCUCGAUAUUCGGCGCUCCGGCGUCGAUGGCCCCGCCACUACUCCUUCUGCAGCGCAGUCUAGAGCGGUCGGAGAUGGCAGGGACGGUGCGCGGCUGCUCCAGCAGGCCAUGGACCGGCUCGAAGAGCUCUGCAAGCGCAACGAGUAUGCCCACGAAGUCAAGGAGUGGAUCCGCGCCGUCGUCGAGCUGCGCAGGUGCGGAUGGCGUCCUCCGGCCCGUCCGGCAGCCAAGCAGGCCAGCCGCUCGGUUCCACCCGCCAACGCCACCGCCACCACCCUGCCGUCGCAGCGUCAGGAGAAACAACGGGACUGA